GGGGGGGAUUAGGAGACAGACCCCACGCCCCCCUUCAUCCCAAUGCGACCCGUGUAGAAAGCAGCAUCGGCUCCUCUUGAACUGGACAUGCCGGAGAUGAGGAAAGCCACGGACAAGGAGAGCACCGAGGGGAACAAGCGACCUCAGCCCGAGAAGGAGAUGGAAGAGGCGACCGAGAACCGGGCGGCCACCGCCGGAGUCCUGGAUAAACUAUUCGGGAAAAGUUUCCUCCAGGCAGGGCGCUACAUCAUGUCCCAUAAAUCAUGGAUGAAGACAGUUCCGACUGAGAAUUGUGAUGUACUGAUGACAUUUGCAGAUACAACUGAUGACCACACGUUGCUAUGGCUGCUGAAUCACAUCCGGCUGGGAAUCCCAGAGCUGAUCAUUCAGAUUCGGCAUCAUAAGCACACCAGCGUCUACGCAUUCUUCAUCACGGCCACUUAUGAGAACUUGCUACGAGGAGCUGAGGAAAUGGGUCUGCGUAAGCCAGUGAAGCAGGAGUUCGGCGGCGGGACCAGGGUGCUGUGCUGUGACGAGGAUUACAUCUAUGAAAACAUUGAAAAUGAAAUCUAUUUCUUCACUUCUCAGGAACGGCAGAGUAUCAUCAAGCACUGGCUGGACAACCUGCGGGCCAAGCAGGGAGAGAGCCUGCACAACAUCCACUUCCUGGAGGGGCAGCCAAUCAUUGCAGAGCUCAUGACUCGAGGGAUCAUUCAGCAGGUCCUCCCCCUCCACGAGCAGCGAAUGCUUAACCGCUUGGUGAAGUCGUGGGUUCAGGCCGUCUGCGAGUCACAGCCAGUAGACGAUAUCUGUGACUAUUUUGGGGUUAAAAUAGCAAUGUACUUCUCGUGGCUCGGGUACUACACGUGGUGCAUGAUCUACCCAGCUGUGAUCGGUUUUGGACUCUGGGCGUUUACAGAGUCUGACCAGAUGAGCCGUGAUGUGAUUUGUGUGGCCUUUGCCCUGUUUAACGUUGUGUGGACCACCUUGUUUCUGGAGGGCUGGAAGCGGCAGAGCGCAGAGCUGGCCUACAAGUGGGGCACUUUGGACCGGCCAGCAGAGCUGCUGGAGGAGCCCAGGUCCCAGUUCAGGGGUGUCAAACGAGUCAGUCCAGUUACGGGUUGUGAGGACUUCUAUUACUCACCGUGGAAACGGAGGUUGUUCCAGUACUUUGUCAGUCUUCCUGUCUGUCUCUUCUGUCUCUGCGUUGUGUUCCUGACCAUGUUUAUCUGCUUUGAACUGCAGGAAUUUGUGAUCAGUAUCGAAGAACUGCCUCGAAUUGUCACCUACUUUCCUAAAGUCUUACUGGCUAUUGUGGUUACAGUUCUCGAUGAUGUUUACAAGAAAAUUGCCUAUUGGUUAAAUGACAUGGAGAAUUACCGUUUACAGAGUGCCUAUGAGAAACACCUCAUCAUUAAACUAGUUUUGUUUCAGUUUGUAAAUUCCUAUCUCAGCCUUUUCUACAUUGGAUUCUACCUCAAAGACAUGGAGCGUCUCAAGGAGAUGUUGGCCACACUUCUGAUCACCAGGCAGAUUAUCUUGAACAUGAAGGAGGUUCUCCAGCCACUCUUCUACGAAAAGUACAAGCAGGGAGACCUCACACUUCAAGCAUUGGCCAGCACCGUGAGGAAUCUGUUCAAAAACGUCCCGGAUCGGUUCAGAGGGGAAGGGAUACCCCCCAGCGACCCAGUCGAGCAGGAACCCGAAGAGCUGGCCAUUGAUCAGGGCAAUGAGAAGGGGGAAACCAAGUGUGAGAACGGGGCGUGUGGAGCACCUGAAGAGGAGGAGGAGCAGAGGGAGGAGGAUGGCGAUGAGGAGAGCAUCCUGGACUGCGGGCUGCGGCUCUCCAAGAAGGUGAGCUUCGCCGGGGGUGGCCAAGGCCCCGCCAAGGAGGAGAGGAGCUGUGAGAUGGAGGGCAUCCUGGACGGCAUGCUGAUGGAGGAGGGCAGCCCCAUCCUGGUGGAGCGGGGCGCCGAGGGAGGACUCAUGUUCGAGCUGUGUGAGCACGACGCAAAGAUCGAGGCCGACUACGGCCACAUGGCAGAGGAGAACAAGGAGCUGAGCGUCACGCUGAGGCAGAGGAGGAAGGACAAGAACUCAGAGCAAGGGGAGGACACCGAAUCUACAGCAAACAGGUUGUCCUGGAUGGACCCCCCUGAUGACUAUGAAGACGCCCCACUUACACAAGGAGAAAUUGAGAGCUUAAUGCAGAAAUACGAGGACACUUUCCAGGACUACCAGGAGAUGUUCAUCCAGUUUGGGUACGUGGUACUCUUCUCCUCCGCCUUCCCCCUUGCUGCAAUGUGUGCCCUCAUCAACAACGUCAUCGAGAUCCGCAGCGAUGCCUUCAAACUGUGCACGGGAUCCCAGAGGCCGUUUGGCCAGAGAGUGGACAGUAUUGGCCAGUGGCAGAACGUGAUGGAAGCCAUGGGAGUUCUGGCCAUCAUCGUCAACUGCUACCUGAUUGGUCAGUGUGGACAGCUGCAACGCCUAUUCCCAUCGCUCAGCUCAGAGAUGGCCAUUGUCCUCGUGGUCAUUCUCGAGCACUUCGCUUUCCUGCUGAAGUACGUGCUCCAGAUCGCUAUCCCAGAUGUUCCCACCUGGGUGGCUGAGGAAAUGGCGAAGCUGGAAUACCAGCGGCGGGAAGCCUUCAAGAAGCACGAACGCCAGGCACAGCAGCGGUACCAGCAGCAGCAGCGGCGCCGGAGGGAGGAGGAGAAGCAGCGGCAGGAGCAGCGGGAGAGCGCGCAGAGCCGCCGGGAGAGGGAGGCGGCGGGCCGGGAGGAGGGCAGGGUCGGCGCCGCGCCCUCCGACCAGCCCCAGGGCCGCUCCGGGGGCCGGCCCAAGACGGCGGCAGCGCCGCCCGGCGACAAACCCAAGCGGCCCAGCUCCCUGCUGGCAUCCAACAACGUGCUGAAGCUGAAGCAGAUCAUCCCGCUGCAGGGCAAGUUCCUGUCGGGGGCCGGUGGCGGCGGGGGGACGGCAGGCGGCGGGGUGGGGGCCAAAUCCCCGCAGUCCCCCACCGGCAGCGAGAGCAAGCUACCCGGCUUCCUCACCUUCAGGUUCCUAAAGUCGCCGGCGGACGGGCGCAAGGAAGGGACGGCCGAGAAGGUACAGUCGCCCACCAAGCCCUUCAACCCGGGCAAACUCUUCAACUUCGGCAAGUCCGACUCCGGCAGCAACGGCGCCGCCCCGUCCCAGCCCCAGCCCCAGCCCAAGGGGGCAGCAAGCGGGAGCGCCCCCGGAGAAGGAGGCGAGAAAGCUCCCGCCAGCAGAGCUGACCUGAACGGGCUGCCGGAGGAGACCACUGCCCCUGGCCCGGAGUCUACCAGCCCCAAGCGUUAACUCAGCCCGAAGGGUUUGUAGCCAGCUGGAGGUGUUUGAAAUCUCCUGCAGAAGUUUUCCCUUCUCUCGUUAUUACUUUGUAAAAAAAAUAAUAAUAUUCAGGGAUAGAAAUCUGUGUUUGAAAAACAGAAUUCUCAUCAUCUUCAGGUUUUUAUACAACAUGGUUGAGGGUAGACCCUUUGAUUUACCAAUACCGCAAUCUGCUUUUUUAAGUUGUCCACGGACACUGGAGACUUUUGUGUCAAUCUUCCCAUCUCGGCAGGUCACGGUUACUAGAGGGACACGAUUAAUCACACAAGCCACCUCUCAUUUUGCAUUUCGCAAAUCAGGCAGUGAUUCCAGUCCCAGUGAACCCGUCUACGACCAGUUGUAAAAAAAAAAAUUGCAUUUGAAUCCCUUGUCACCAUUUCAAGGUUGGGAAACAGGUGUUGCUUCUGUAGAGCGUGUGGCCAGAGCUGUUAGUAAUGGGCUCCUGGGUUUGCAGAGCCUAGCUGUCUGCCCCGAGACAAAGGCAACAAACCUCCUGGAGAUUUCAGACGGGAGGGGCAAUUGGGACUGUGAAGACUUCAUUUCACUGGUUAGGUAAAUAAUGAAAGGAUUUGAUUGAAAGGCUGAGGAGGAUGGGCAGCAUGAUGCCCAAAGGCUGUUUCCUCAGGCUGGAGAGACUGGACCUGAUCCUUAGACUUUUCUGCUAUUAAGUGUUCUCCAAGCUGAGAGCAAAUGUUUUUGAUGCUUUGGGUUGUCAAAUGGAUGUAGAGGAUUGAUCACAAUCUUGAAUGGUAGGUUUGAGGGGCUGAAUCGUUUCCUGGUAUAUAUGGUGGUCUUGCGUAUUGUUUGUGACUGCAGGGGAAAGGACGAAAGGUUCAGGAGACCCUUCCACCAUGAACUGCACUCUGAAGUGAACAGGAGGAGAGCCUUGGGUUGCUGGCUCCCACUAGGUGUAGGUAGAUACCAUGUAUUUUCUGCACACCACCACAACCCCUUCUAUUUUUCCUGCAUCUGUCCACAGUAUUUUCAUAACUGCGUUAUCUUAAGUGAUCAAGAGAUAUAAAGAAAAAGAAUUAUAGGAUCCCCAUGCUGGACUUUCUCUAUUUUGCAGCACGGCCUGGGGAAUGUUUAAAGUAUUGUCAUUUUAGAGAAGAGGAAUGAAUACUGAGCUAAUUAAGGAAAUGGAUGGACUAUUGGUGUUGACAGACAGUUCCAUUUGCUGGAUCACACUUUGUGAGCAUGCCAGGCUGAUGGCUGAGACUAACAUGGGAACGCUGUCUUCGGAAAGGAACAUCAGGCUUUUCCAUUCAUGGGACAUUGGUUAAGAGGAAGUCAUUCUGUUGUGUUCAAUGAAACUGAAUAGGGAUCGCCACCUUGGCAAAUUGAAUAACCAGGUACGGCUUUAAAGGAAAAAAGAGUGGUCAAUAGGCUCGGGUGAGGGGAAAACUGCAGUUAAAGUGAAAGACACACAGCACUUUGCGUAAUGGUAGGCGAAUCAGUAAACAUGCACCAUCACAAACAAAACUGGGAGGAGUUGCAUGUAAAUGCAUAGACAAUGUAACGAGGAUGGCAGAUUAAAGGUGUAAAUAAUAAUGAUUUUGAUUUAACAGGUUUUUCUGGGAUAUGGUCAUGCAGCAACGCAGGAUGGGAAUUCCAACAAGUUUGUUCGGGAAUUGGGAAGGAAGGGCAUGUAGUGUGGUCCUGAAUAAUAAAGGAUUUCACAAAAGCAGUAGGGAGAAAUGAUCUGGCUCAGAACAGUCAGUAAGUAGAAUCAGUGUAGUUGAGGUAAGAUAUGAAAAGGAACAGAAAACACAGGUAGCAAAGGAGAAAAUCUGCAGAUGCUGGAAAUCCAAGCAACACACACAAAAUGCUGGAGGAGCUCAGCAGGCCAGGCAGCAUCUGUGGAAAUAAGUACAGUCAACGUUUCGGGCUGAGACCCUUGGGUAGGACUGGAGAAAAAAGCUGAGGGGUAAAUUUAAAAGGGAGGGAAGGAGGGAGAGAGAAACACCAGGUGGUAGGUGAAACCUGGAGGGGGAGGGAUGAAGUAAAGAGCUGGGAAGUUGAUUGAUGUAAGAGACAGAAUAGUUAACCGACCCAGAAUACCAGUUACACACAGUGACCACUUUAUUAGGAGUGGAACCUGCUGUGGUCUUCUGCUGCUGUAGCCCAUCCACUUCAAGGUUUGAUGUGUUGUGUGUUCAGAGAUGCUCUUCUGCACACCACUGUUGUAACAUGUGGUUAUUUGAGUUACUGUCUGCUUCAGGUCAGCUUGUACCGGUUCUCCUCGAUCCUCUCACAUUAACAAGCAUUUUCACCCUCAGAACUGCUGCUCAUUCCAUUUUUUUUUGGCUUUCCAUCACAUUCUUUGUAAAUUCCAGAGACUGUUUUGCAUCUAAAUUCUAAAAGAUCUGCAGUUUCUGAGAUACUAAAACCAUCUGACACCACCAAUCAUUCUACAGUCAAAGUUACUUAGAUCAACUUCUUCCCCACUCUGAGCAACAGCUGAACCUCUUGACCAUGUCUGCAUGCUUUUAUGCAUUGAGUUGCUGCCACAUGACUGGCUGAUUGGGUAUUUGCAUUUGCAAGCAGUUGCACCUAAUAAAGUGGCCACUGAGUGCAUUUUGGAGAGUUAAGUGGUAAGAUGAGCUUGUAGAAAAGCUAAUACACUAGCAUGGAAGAGUUUAUUUUUCAUAAGGACUGCAAAUUGAAGGAAAAUAUUCAAGACUGGAUUUGGUUUAGUUUACCAGAAUGACAUAACCAUAUAACAAUCAGUCAUAUAAGAGUCAACCAAGGAACAGCCCACUGUAGUGUUUCAUAUAAUGAACUAAACUGAAUUAGUAAUCUUGGAGUGAGUGAUUACUGAGGGGAAAAUGAUCAGAAUAUGAUUAUUCAGAUUAUACGGCAUUCAAGUCAGAGAUUUGAGUCUUGAACUUAAAAGCUGGUUACGAAGUUAUGAAAAAAAUGUAAACUCUGAUUAGGCUUUAGCUUGGGAAUUAUGGUCUGGGCUCCAUAUUUUAAGGAUGACAAGAGCUUGGAGAGGGUAUACUUGAAUUUUAGUUGAAAUGAUGGUUUGUUCUUAGAAGAGAAGAUUUAAUAAUAAGAUUUUUAUGUUUCAAUAGGUUUUUGUAGAUUAAAUAAUGACAAAAGACUUCUACUUGCAUUAGCAUUAAUA